AUGUCCUCUAAAAAUUCCACCACUUCCAUUACGACAAUAAACGACAAUGAAUCUGCUGCUUCUCAUUUUUUGGCAAACAUCAUAGGGAAAACUGUCAAUGUUAAAUUAAAUUCGGGUUUAUUAUACACCGGUUUAUUAGUCUCAAUAGAUGGCUUUAUGAAUGUCGCAUUGGCGCAAGCAACGGAGUGUUACGAGCAUAGCAAGAAUGGUGCCUUAGGUCAAUAUAACAACGAUAUAUUCCUAAGAGGUACCCAAGUUACAUACAUUGGUGAAGCCUGA